AUGGAAUCACCAAUAUCCCCGAUCUUGGCCAACAUGUACAUGGAAGACUUCGAACAGAAAGCUUUAAACGGAUUCGAGUGUCCACGAAGGGUGUUCUGGCGUUACGUAGAUGACACGUUUGUUGUGAUAAAGCGGGAUAAGGUGGACGAGUUCUUUCAACAUCUGAACACAUUGAACCCUCACAUUAAGUUUAGCAUGGAGCUAGAAUCCACAUCGGGUACACUAGCUUUCCUUGACUGCAUGACACGCAAGAGCAAUGGGAAAUUAAAAACCACUGUAUACCGGAAAUCAACAGAUAGCUGUGCGGUCUUAAACUGCUCCUCUGCACAUCCAAAAGUAGUAUAUGCUAGCAUAGCCUCAGCGAUGUUUAGAAGAGUGAGAUCACUGUGUACAGAGGAGGUGGACCAAAGAGCAGCACAACCUGAGGUAAAAAAGCGACUUCGAGAUAGCGGAUACCCAGUGGGUCUAAUUAAGCGGCAACUAAGACAGGUAUUGGUGCCAACACCAAGGCCCAACAAGGAGUGGAUCGGAACAGUGGUCAUUCCAUACAAAGCAGGGACAUCUGAAGUCAUUAGAAGGGUACUGAAUACGGCUAACAGUAUAGUAGCUUUCCAGAAGGGGAAAACUUUACGCUCGGUGUUGGUACAUUUGAAGGAUCGCCUUCCGGUUGAUAGGACUAGGAACUGUGUAUACAAAAUGAAAUGUAACGACUGUACUAAGGUUUGUAUAGGUCAGACAGCCAGGGAAUUGCACACCAGAAUCGGUGAGCAUAAACGUUCCACUAACAGACCACCGAGAAACGCAGAGGCGUUAGUCAAAGAUUCAGCAAUGGCAGGGCAUGCUCUAGACGCUGGGCAUAGGAUAGGUUUAGAAAAUAUGGACAUCCUGAGACGGGGUUUAAGAUUCACACCACAGCGACUGGUGGCCGAGGCGGUGGAAGUCGCCAAGCGUCCGAGUAAACCUCCGAAACGUUGUGGACAUACAGUUCACUUUGCUUCCAGUUCGGAAGUGUGCAUUCUCAGUGGCUUCAGCAUCCACAGUGAGAAGUGGCUUUCGUUUUCUCUCCAAAAUGAUCCUGCAGGCCGGAAGGUCGAGUUCCUCACAACCAUACUGCUCAACCCUUUGGUUCGCCCCCUAAUUUACCAUGCAUCAGACUGCGCUGCAACUCUCCCAGUCCUCUGUCAAUUGGUCGCUCAUCUUGUCAAUUUUCCCUCCGCUAUCUCCUCGAAACUCAUUUCACUUCAAAGGGGUAUAUUCCGACGGCACUCCGCUGAUUGCGAUAGCAAACCUCCGAAACGUUGUGGACAUACAGUUCACUUUGCUUCCAGUUCGGAAGUGUGCAUUCUCAGUGGCUUCAGCAUCCACAGUGAGAAGUGGCUUUCGUUUUCUCUCCAAAAUGAUCCUGCAGGCCGGAAGGUCGAGUUCCUCACAACCAUACUGCUCAACCCUUUGGUUCGCCCCCUAAUUUACCAUGCAUCAGACUGCGCUGCAACUCUCCCAGUCCUCUGUCAAUUGGUCGCUCAUCUUGUCAAUUUUCCCUCCGCUAUCUCCUCGAAACUCAUUUCACUUCAAAGGGGUAUAUUCCGACGGCACUCCGCUGAUUGCGAUAGCGCUCAAAGCAGAUCGGUGCACAAUAGCGAUAUGCUAGUUUCUAAACAGGCUGAAGAUGUUGCCGAGAACGCUGAUGAUGAUGAGAAAGAUAAGGAUGAUGCUAGUGGUGGAAAACAUAAGAAAACAACGCUAUACACAAAACCAAGGCGGGCCUCAAACCAAUAA